AUGUUGAGCUGCGAGGACCGGCCGGUUCUCCAAGCCGUCUUUCUCAGCAACAACUGCUUCGAGCACAUCAUCCGGCUCCUCCAAAACAGCAAGCUCUACCUCAGCAGCACACGGGAGGUGGACGAAGCCCAGGACGAGGUCCCCGUGCUGCCACCAGAUGGGGACAGGCUCCAGCAGGGCUCCAACAGAGGCUCCGACGCCAUCGCGGUCCACGCCGUCGGGGUGCUCACUGCCAUCAUGAGCAACUCGCCCUCAGCCAAGGAGGUGUUCAAGGAGCGCAUCGGCUAUGCCCACCUCUAUGAGGUGUUGAGGAGCCAGGGUCAGCCCACCCAACGCCUGCUCCAGGAGCUCCUCAACAUGCCCUACGCGGCUCCCGUCAUCCGGGCGCUCUCCGGGAUGGCGCGGGUGGACGGACCCCCCCGGGCGUUGCAGUGCUUUGACUUGACGCCCGGCAUGGCGGGCAUCAUGGUGCCAGCCAUCCAGAAGUGGCCCGGUGGUGCCUUCGCCUUCCACGCCUGGUUGUGCCUGAGCGAGGAGGAGCCCGAGCCACCAGCGAGGCCAAAGAGGAGGCAACUCUACAGCUUCUUCACAGCCGGCGGGACGGGGUUCGAGGCGUUCUUCACCACCGGCGGCGCCAUCCCUGUCCCCAUCCCCAUCAGGGGGGACAACGAGGACACCGGGAUGCCUGACACCCCCUCCCUGUGUGCCCAGCACUGCGUUGAUGUUGUCCAUGUCGCCGGCCGCCGGCCCUUUGGCCAGAACAUCAUCAGCAUCUACGCGGACGGACACCUGUGGAAGACGGCUCAGCUUCGCUUCCCAUCCCUCCACGAGUCCUUCACCUCCUGCUGCAUCGGCUCCGCGGGCCACCGGACCACCACCACCACUGCCACCACUGCCGGCCACCCACCAACAUCCCACGGGCCAGAGCUGGUCUUCCCUCCGCGCCCCACACUCGGACGCUCCCAGUCCGUCCCUGCCACCUUGGGCCCCCAUGCUUGGACUCACUCAACCCCCCACCGAAGGGGUAGUGGCCAUGCAGCCGGCAGCCAGGACACCGAGUGGGGCAGCCCCACCUCCCUGGAGGGUCACCUGGGCUCCGUGGCCAUCUUCUGCGAGGCUCUGCAGCAAGCCCAGGUCAAGGCACUCUUCUGUGCGGGGCCAAAUGUCACAUCACCGUUCACGCUGGAAGGUGACUUGGUGGAGCUCAGCAGCAAGCUCUUGCUCUACUACACCCCACAGGCCUGCAGGAACAACAUCUGCCUGGACCUCUCUCCCAGCCAUGGCUUGGAUGGGAGGCUGACGGGGCAUAAGGUGGUCAACUGGGACAUCAAGGACGUGGUCAACUGCGUGGGUGGGAUGGGCGUGCUGCUGCCUCUGCUGGAGCAAGUGGUGUCCAAGAAGGAGGAGCCCGAGGACGAGCAGGAGACCAAUGACCUGGUGGGACCAGAGCUGACGUCCUCCAGGAACGCCCAGGGCAUGCUCAUCCCGCUGGGCAAGUCCUCAGAGAGCAGGCUGGAGAGGAACAGCGUGGCCGCCUUCCUGCUGCUGGUGAAGAACUUCAUCCAGAACCACCCGGUGAACCAGGAGAGCUUGGUGCAGUGUCACGGGCCGGCCAUCAUCGGGGCGCUGCUGCAGAAGGUCUCCGGGCCGCUGCUGGACAUGAGCACGUUGAUGGCCUCGCAGAUCCUCAUGGAGCAGGUGGCCUCCGAGGGCAGCGGGCUCCUGCUGCACCUCCUCUACCAGCAUCUCCUCUUCGACUUCCGCAUCUGGAGCAACAGCGACUUCGCCGUCCGCUUAGGUCACAUCCAGUAUCUGGCCAACGUCGUCAAGGACCACAAGCAGCGCAUCCGCAAGAAGUACGGGGUGCAGUAUGUCCUCGACUCCAUCCGGGCGUACUAUGGCACCUCCAGGGAGAAGACCACGGCCACUGAUGACAUCAAGACAGUGCAGACGUCCCUCUUCAGCCUGGUGAAGGACUUCUUCUGCAGGAGCUUCUCUGGGGACGAGAUGCAGAGCUUGCUGAGCUACGUGGCUGGGGCGCAGGACGAGCAGCAGGUCUGCGGGGCGCUGGAGGUGAUCCACAGCCUGCUGAAGGGUUCGCCUGCCCAGGAGCAGCUCUUCGCCUUCCUCUUUGAGCCGGGCCACGUGGAGGUCCUCUUCUCACUGCUGGUGCAGAAGAAGUUCUCGGAUGAAGUGCGAGAGAGGGUCUUCAAGAUCCUCUAUAAGAUGCUGAAGUAUGAGAAGGUCUCCGAGCGCAGCAAGAACCGCCUGCAGUCCUUGGGGCAGGUACUGCGUGCCAUGCCGAAACCAGGCUGGCCCUGGCCACCCAUCCCGAACAUGUGCCAUGAGGUCGUCACUGGUGGCCUUCCACGAGGCUUAGCUGGUCUUGGGGCUGGGGACCCUCUCAACUACAAGGACCUGGUGGCCGUGGUGUACCUGUCCCACCGGGCCGAGCUGACCGUCCGGCUCGAUAUCUGCCGCAAGCUCUUCCACUUGAUCUACGCGCAGCAGGACAUGCAGGACACACUCACCAAGCUCUACGUCAAGGAGUCCUACGAGUCCCGCCAGCACAGCCUGAGCAACGCGGGCAGCGGGGGCUGCCUGGAGCUCCUCCGCCUCUCGGACCCCACCGGCAAGGAGGGGACGAGCCCACCGCCAACCGAGCUGCAGGAGCUGGACGUCUUCCUGCCACUGGGCUACGAGGCCUCGGACCAGGAGCUCUCUGAGGGCUUCUCCGACCACUCCAUCUCGCCGAGUGGCCGCACCAAGUCCUUCCACUCUUACAACUUCAAGUCUUUCGACUCCUCCGACCGGGCUAGCCGCUCGUCCUCCAACCCCGGUGAUGGUCCUCCCUUCGAUGGUGUCUACCACCCGCUCUCGCCCUUCUCCACCUCACCCUUCGACCUGGGGCUCGACCUGGCCAGCACCAGCUCCAUGGCCACAGCCGAGAGCGGCACGCAGACCCCUGCCAGCGGCCCUGGCACCCCCUCACCCCUGGAGAGUUUCAAGCCCUUCCCGGGGAUGCGAGCACGCAAGAGCUCCAGCCUCUCCAACGUCCUGGAUGAGAGCAGCUACCAGGACACGCUGCCCAGUGACAACGUUUCCAACACCAGCAACCCCCAGCAAACACCUGAAGAGGAGCUGUGCAACCUCUUGACCAACAUCAUCUUCUCGGUGACGUGGCGCGGGGUGGAAGGCUGGGACGACGCGGCGUGGAGGGAGCGCGGGCAGGUCUUCUCCGUCCUCACCAAGCUGGGGACGGCGUGCGAGCUGGUGCGACCGCCCGAUGAGAUCAAGCGCAGCCUGCUGGAGAUGAUGCUGGAGUCGGCGCUGACGGACUUGAAGGAGUCGGGGCCGGCCACCGCACCCGGGCUCACCCACAAUGCCCUCAAGCUGCUGCGAUUGCUCCAGGACUUCUUGUUCUCUGAGGGACACAACAACCAGGCCCUGUGGAGCGAGAAGAUCUACGAGGGGGUGAGCAGUCUGCUGGACAAACUGGGCGUCUGGUACCACCUGGCCAACGGCACCUCUGACCUCAAGGAGAUGGCCCAGACGGGUCUACGCGUCCUCAUGGGCUACAUCAUGCUGCAGGACCCUCAGCUGCACUCGCUGGCGUACGUGAAGCUGCACAGCCUGCUGCAGACCGCCUCGGCCCCCAAGAAGGACGAGGCUUGCUAUCUGCUGGGCAAGCUGGAGACCCCGCUGCGACGCUCGCUGGACGCCAAGUCGGAGACCUUCUCCUGGUUGGUGCCCAUCGUCCGGACGCUCAUGGACCAGUGCUAUGAGACCCUGCAGCUGCAGCUCUUCCUGCCCUCGCUGCCUCCCACCAACGGCAGCCCAACUUUCUACGAGGACUUCCAGCUCUUCUGCACCACCCCGGAGUGGAGAAGCUUCAUUGAGAAGCACGUGCAGCCCACCAUGGCCCAGUUUGAGAUGGACACCUUCGCCAAGAGCCACGACCACAUGUCCAAUUUCUGGAACGCCUGCUACGAUGCCAUGAUGAGCAGCUCCCAGCGGCGGGAGCAGGAGAAGGCGGCCAGCCGCAAGAUGUUCCAGGAGCUGGUGCUGGAGCCGGCAGCGAAGCGUGCCAAGGUGGAGAACACCCGGCACGCCAACGUGCUCAAGCAAGCCAACAACCACCACGGCACCGUGCUCAAGCAGUGGAGGUCCCUGUGCCGCCUCCUCACCUCGCCGCGCUCUGCCUGGGCUGACCGGAACCCAUCGGAGGUUCGCUGGAAGCUGUCGAGCGCCGAGACCUACUCCCGGAUGAGGUUGAAGCUGGUGCCCAACCUGCAUUUUGACCAACACUUGGAGGCCAGUGCCCUACGGGACAACCUGGGAGCUGACCACCUCCACAACCCCACCGAGUCCCUCCCGCUCGCCAUGGCCAAGGAGGCCAAGGUGAGCGAGUUGGAGGAUGAUCAACUGGCCGAGGAGGACCUCCCUGUCCUGGACAACCAGGCUGAGCCCAAGGAGCAGAACCAGCGGGAGAAGCUGGUGGUCUCAGAGGACUGCGAGCUCAUCACAACGGUGGCCGUCAUCCCUGGACGCCUGGAGGUGACGACCCAACAUGUCUACUUCUACGACGGCAGCAGCGAGAAGGAGGAGACGGAGGGAGGGAUCGGCUACGACUUCAAGCGUCCCUUGUCCCACCUGCGCGAGGUCCACCUGCGCCGCUACAACCUGCGCCGCUCCGCGCUCGAGCUCUUCUUCAUCGACCAGGCCAACUACUUCCUCAACUUCAAGAAAAAGGUGAGGAACAAGGUGUACUCCUGCAUCCUUGGCCUGCGUCCCCCCAGCAGCCGGUCGCCCCAGGAGCUGCUGAAAGCCUCGGGGCUCACCCAGAAAUGGGUCCUACGGGAGAUCUCCAACUUCGAGUACCUCAUGCAGCUGAACACCAUCGCAGGACGCACCUACAACGACCUCUCCCAGUACCCCGUG